CAAACUUUCACUCAGUCUCACACACUCUCAUUCUCAUUCCAUUCCAUUCCAUUCCAUUCCAUUCCGUUGCUAUGUUUCAAAACCCUAACCAAACCCUCUCAGCAUUCUCUCUUGUGUAACGAAUUCAAUUUCCGUGAUGCCUCGCCAACCUCCGCCUUCACCUCCGUCUCAGCCUGGUGUUCUCGACCCUGCACUCUGGCUUGUCUGCGCCGGAACCACCGUGGAGAUCCCCACCCUCCAUUCUAGGGUUUACUACUUCCCUCAGGGACACUUCGAUCAAGCCUCUUCCGCUCCAAGAAACCUCUCCCCUCUCCUUCUUUCGAAACCCGCCGUUCUCUGCCGCGUCGAAUCGGUUCAAUUCCUCGCCGAUCCUCUCACCGACGAGGUUUUCGCGAAGCUGAUUCUUCACCCUGUCGCUGAUUGCUUCGCUUCGGGACCUUCCGCUGUUGCUCCUGCUGCUGCUUCUGCUUCGGCUCAAACCGGUGAGAAUAACGUCGUUUCUUUCUCGAAGGUUCUCACUGCUUCUGAUGCUAAUAACGGUGGGGGGUUUUCUGUUCCGAGGUUCUGCGCGGACUCUAUCUUCCCGCCGCUGAACUUCCAGGCGGACCCGCCGGUGCAGAACCUCCUCGUCACCGACGUGCACGGUUUCGUCUGGGAGUUCCGCCACAUUUACCGCGGGACCCCGCGGCGGCACCUGCUGACCACCGGCUGGAGCACGUUCGUCAACAACAAGAAGCUCGUGGCCGGUGACGUCGUCGUGUUCAUGAAGAACUCCAGGGGAGGGUUGUUCGUCGGAAUUCGCCGCGCCACGCGCUUCUCUAUGGGGAAGGGUGGUGAUAGAGGCGGAAUGAGGAUCAGGGUGGAUGAGGAGGAGGAGGAGGAGGAGGAGGAGGAGGAAGAGGAAGAGGAAGAGGAGGUGAGGGAGGUUUUCUCGAGGGACGGGAGGGGGAAGCUGUCGGCGAAGGUGGUUGCCGAGGCGGCGGAGCUGGCGGCGCGGAACAUGCCGUUCGAGGUUGUUUAUUAUCCGAAGGAAAGGUGGUCGGAGUUUGUGGUGAAGACUGAAGCGGUUAAUGAAGCAAUGAAGGUCGCGUGGAGUCCCGGAAUGAGAGUGAAGAUCGCUGCGGAGACAGAUGAUUCGUCCAGGGUGUCGUGGUGUCAGGGUACGGUCUCUUCUGUCGCUCUUCACGGUAAUGGCCAAUGGCGCGGUUCUCUUUGGCGUAUGCUUCAGGUUACAUGGGAUGAACCUGAAGGUUUGCAGAUAGCAAAAUGGGUCAGCCCUUGGCAGGUGGAACUUGUUUCAACCACACCUGCACUUCAUUCAGCAUUCCCCCCAAUAAAAAGGAUUAAAGCUGCUCAUGAUUCUGGGGUGUUUACUAAUGGAGAGAGAGACCCCUUUCCUAUGACAGGAUUCACUAAUUCAACAAUGGGACAACUGAAUCAGGCAUUGUUGAGUUAUGGUACUUUUCCUGCUGGCAUGCAGGGAGCCAGGCAUGAUGCAUUUUCUGCAUCAAGAUUUUGCAAUUAUCCAACUGACAUGUCUCGUCUGUGUAUGGGUAAUUCCUUUGGGAAGAGCACAUUUCCAUGGCUGAAAACUUUGGAAACAGAGGUAAAUGUUGGCAGCUCUCAAUCUGAUGAAUUGUCACCUGAUAGCCGUGGUAGUCUCCAAUCCUGUGGCACAGACCUUGUUGGCAACUCAAGAAAACUUGGGUCUGUUUCAUUUCAACUAUUUGGUGCAGUCAUUCAGACAGAACAGCCUGUUGAAAAUGGUUUGCAAGGUACUGGUUGCACUUGCACGGGAGAUGAAUGCCAAUGUCAAAGAGCCCUCAACAGCUGAGGAUUCUUACUUGUGAAAGUAGCUGUGACUAUGUCAUGCAUAUAAGUAGCUGUACAGGUUUCAAACAGGCUGGAGGCUGACCACCCUUUUGACCCAGUAGUUUGUGCCGUUUUCUUUUUUGUUUCAUGAAACUUGGAUCUAAACCAACUCCGCAAUAUUUGGGCCAGACAAUUUAUGAUAUUUCUAAAUGCAACUUCUUUUAUUUGGUCAAGUGUAUGACUGUGCCAUUGUUGGUUUAAUGCAUAUUUUGCUGUCUUAAUUUUACUAAGGUUUUUUUGAAUACAAGUCAGAAGUGUUUUUGGGAGCUUCUCUACUCUAAAUAGAGUCUUUUCCGGUCAAAUACUUCUAGCCUUGUAUCCAAACAGGCCCUAGUAUCCCCUAGUAUCUUAUUUUUGGCAUCAUUUCUGCACUUUAUUGCCAUAUUGGUUAAGAGGGAGGAUGUUGCAAAGGAUUUUUUUUUUCUUGUGUAACUGUUUUACAAACCAAAAGGUGAAGUGCGGAUAAUAGUUUUCUUAUGUUA